GGGGAGGGGCGGCCGCGGCCCUUUGUUGCGGGGUAGCGCUGCCGGAGAGAGCGAGGGAGUCAGCCUCACACGCCCCCCCCAGACCAGACAUGGACUCGGAUGAGGGCUACAUGUACGAUGAGGACGAGUACAGCGAGGAGAGCGAGCCCGACGAUAACUUCGAGAUCGGGGAGGUGGAGAUGCAGGAGCCGGGCCUGGAGCCGGGCCAGGACGGGGACGGGGUCGGGGGAGGUGGCGGGCUGGGCCUGGGCGGCCUGGGCGGGCUGGGCGCCGAGCAGGAGGAGGAGGAUUACCGCUACGAGGUCCUGAGCGCCGAGCAGAUUGUCCAGCACAUGGUGGAGUGCAUCCGGGAGGUCAACGAGGUCAUCGAGAAUCCAGCCACUAUUACAAGGAUACUUCUCAGCCACUUCAACUGGGAUAAGGAGAAACUAAUGGAGAGGUACUUUGAUGGAAAUCUGGAGAAGCUCUUUGCAGAAUGUCAUGUAGUAAACCCUUAUAAGAAAUCUCGAACACGUCAGAUGAAUACAAGAUCAUCCUCACAGGAUAUGGUUUGUGCCAUCUGUUACCUGAAUUACCCAAACUCGAAAGAAGAAAGUGGGGGGUCUGGAAGCGCCACUAGGAUCUCUAACUCUGUAUCAGAGUCCCAGUACUUCACAGGCUUGGAAUGUGGACACAAAUUCUGUAUGCAGUGCUGGAACGAAUACUUAACUACAAAGAUCAUAGAGGAAGGCAUGGGACAGACUAUAUCUUGCCCAGCUCACGGCUGUGAUAUCUUAGUUGAUGACAACACAGUUAUGCGUUUGAUCACAGAUUCCAAAGUCAAGUUGAAGUACCAGCAUUUAAUAACAAAUAGCUUUGUAGAGUGUAAUCGUCUGUUAAAAUGGUGCCCUGCCCCCGAUUGUCACCAUGUUAUUAAAGUCCAGUACCCUGAUGCAAAACCAGUUCGCUGUAAAUGUGGCCGGCAAUUCUGCUUCAACUGUGCUGAGAAUUGGCAUGAUCCUGUUAAAUGCAAGUGGCUGAAGAAGUGGAUUAAAAAGUGCGAUGAUGACAGUGAAACCUCCAAUUGGAUUGCAGCAAACACUAAGGAAUGUCCAAAAUGCCAUGUGACUAUUGAGAAGGACGGUGGAUGCAAUCACAUGGUCUGUCGCAAUCAGAAUUGUAAAGCGGAGUUCUGCUGGGUCUGUCUUGGCCCCUGGGAGCCGCACGGAUCUGCUUGGUAUAACUGCAAUCGCUACAAUGAAGAUGACGCAAAAGCAGCAAGGGAUGCGCAGGAGGUAAAGGAAGCUCUCCAUCAGUGCGGGGGGAGUGAGCGCUCCCGAGCAGCACUCCAAAGGUACCUUUUCUACUGCAAUCGCUACAUGAACCACAUGCAGAGCCUGCGGUUCGAGCACAAGCUGUACGCUCAGGUCAAGCAGAAGAUGGAAGAGAUGCAGCAGCAUAACAUGUCUUGGAUUGAGGUGCAAUUCCUGAAGAAAGCAGUGGAUGUGCUCUGCCAGUGUCGUGCCACACUAAUGUACACUUACGUCUUUGCUUUCUACCUCAGAAAGAACAACCAGUCCAUUAUCUUUGAGAACAAUCAGGCAGAUUUGGAGAAUGCAACAGAAGUGCUGUCUGGCUACCUAGAGAGGGACAUAUCCCAGGACUCUCUGCAGGACAUCAAACAGAAAGUACAAGACAAGUACAGAUACUGUGAGAGCCGGAGGAAGGUGUUGCUACAGCAUGUGCAUGAAGGUUAUGAGAAAGACCUUUGGGAGUACAUCGAGGACUGAGGAUCAUCUUACAAUGAACUGUCAACUCGUUAGCAACAGAGUGCUGAUGCAAAUAAAGUGGGCGGCACAGGCCCUUGCAGACACUGCUGGAGUUCUACCCUACUUUUUGUUAAUGGAAAGUUUAAGUAAAUUAUAUUGUAAUAAAAAAAAGUAGAUAAAAACCACAAAAUGUACAACAGUAUUGUAAGUGGAUGAAGGGUAUGAUGACACACUAAAACCCUCCAACUUUAAUCUGUAAUGUAGCUACAUUCUGAGAGCUGAACCAUUUUCUGUUUCCUUUCAUUUGUUCAUUUGUCUGUGUGUAGUAAUUGGACUGAAACUGUUUUGACCUGGCAUUCCUCUCCAGCCAGACACAAAUUGUAUGCAGGUUCCCUGUUUUGUGACUGUUGAUUGGCUUAAAGUAAGGCAGCGCUCUGGGGGAAAUCUUUGUACAUGACUUUUAAAGGAGGACACAGUAUUUUUCAAAUUGUAUAUAGCACAUCUGCAUGGUUGAGCAAGAACAAGCGAGCACGUGUUUGCAUAAUGUUUAAUUACAAAAUAUUUAUUCUUUAAAAACCUUCAAGAAUAUGUAUAUUUGCUGUGCAGUUUUCUUUAGUUUCGCUAAUCUUUGACCUCAGCAUUGUUAGUGGAAUGUGGAUUUAUCUUUGCCUCCUUUUUGCUCCCCAUCCUCCUCCUUCCCUCCGCCUCCCCUCCCCCCCCCGCCCCCCAGCCUUUAACUUGUACUUCUCUGCAGUUCUAGCUGUAUCUUGGACGUGAGCUGAGUCUGUGAUGGUGAUGGGUUUCCCUGAUGUGAACCUUCCCUCGUUCCCCCCACUUCUGCUCCCGUUUCAUUGCUGCUUUUGUACCCAGCUGCACCCCUCGUACUAACAUCUCUCGCUCUGCUUUCGGAGGAAGAACGCUCACCGCUUUUCAUUUCUGUGUUGCUGUAGAAUACCCCCUAAAAUUGUACAGAUUUUGUUGGAAAUUAGAGCGAGUACUGAUAAUUAGCAUUCAAAGGAAGACAGCACCUGGCUUCUCUUUCCUCCCUUCCCACCCUUACCCACUUUUAUCCACUGCUGUGAUCUGCCUGUAUGUUGCUGUCCCUGUGUUUGGGAGUAGGCUUGAAGGAUUGUUGCUGUGGGGUUGAGUACUGGCAGACUGCUGUGUUCUAGACUAGCAACCAAACCCAGGCUGCAAGCAAUGGUUAGUGGUAUUGUCCUUCUCUGCCAUUUAAUUGGUUGUAUAAACCAAAGAGAGGAAUGUUGAUAAGAUCUGUGGCUGGGUUCCUUAGCCCCAUUCUUAUUGCUGUGGAAUGAUUUUUAUUUGGGUUUAUUUUCUUUUUGUUGCACUGGGACAAUGUAUUGUCAAAUUCUCAUAAGAUUUGUAGCUGUUAUGGAUGAAUCCAUGCAAACUUACACCAUUGUAAAGCAUUUACUGAUGAUAAAGGUUUAAUUUGGGUAACCCCUGGCGUGGUUUCCAGUACAUGGGGGUGUGGGUGGGGUUGAGUGCAGUGCUUAAAACGCCAAGGGCGUUGCUGCGUGUGUUAGUGAACCAAUGCGUCAAAUCACAGCUAAUGUGCAUUACCUGCUGGACAUGAUUUGCAAAGUAGUAAAACUGGUUUUAAAGAUG